AACGGGACUUUUCACUGUUCAAAUGACUUAUGACACUAACUCCUAGUACCUACUCGGUCGUUUUUGUAGAUAGGUAUUUAUUUGAACUUUCCUUUUUAAGUUUUUAGCGCUAAAGAAAGCCAGCAGCUGUUAUGUUUUCAAAACCAGCUGCUUUUCAGGAAUUUCUCGCGCAAAAUAAUCACAUCGAUGAAAUAUACGAUGCCAUGGCAACAGACGACACAUCCGAGGUGGUUAUAAGAGCCAUGAAUAUCCUCAGGAAAACUAAUCACUUGCCAUCUAUAUGCAAUAUUAGUAAGAGUGAACUCAAAUCAACAACGAACCGUACCGCAGGCAACACUGCCUUUCGCCAAGGCUUUUUCCAACACGCUUUGUCACUAUACAAUGAAGCAUUGUUAUUCGCACCAAAAUAUUCUCGGGAAAUGAAACUUGCCUAUAGUAACAGAUCAGCACUGCUCCAAAAGCUAUCAGCAGUUCAACCGUGUCUCAAUGACAUCAACAGAUGCUUCGCUAUGGGCUGCCCAAGUGAUAUUCUCGAAAAGUUAACUAGAAGGAAGGAAGAAGUCACACAGUGUCUUUUAAGAAAAGAAUUCUUAAAGAACUCAAUGACUCUAGCAGUCGAAAGUUGUAUAAAUCCUAGAUUGAUGAUUCCUAAUAAACUUAUUCCAUGCGCAAGUGCUGAUGUUAAUGUAGACACUUCAACUGGGAAACUUAAAAUUAUUGCUUGCACAGACAUAAAAGUUGGAGACGUAGUAGCAUCUGAAAAAGCUUUUGUAAGCUUCACUGACAUGAAUAACAUAUUGCACUCGUGUCAUUUUUGCCAAAGGAAAGCAUUGGACCUAAUACCCUGUGACGGUUGCGUUUUUGCAUUGUUCUGUGAUGAGGAAUGUAAAAAUAAAUGCAUGGAGGAAUACCAUCAAUAUGAAUGCAAACUAAUGGAAAUUACUAGUUCGUUGUGCUUUGGUCCCUUGCCUAAUUUAAUGGUUAAAGCGUUUCUGAGAUUAAGAACUAGUAAAUGUUUGGGAGAUCUUAUCUCUGCCUCUAAUAAUAUGGGAAUAGAAAGAAUGAAAUCUAGCUCUAUUCAAGAAAUAUAUGACACAAAUAACGUAUACUCAGUUUUGUGUUCCUAUGAUGACAGAACUUUUUUGUAUGGCAUUCUGUACAAUGCUUGUUUUGUCUGUGCUGCUGUUCUGCAUUACCUUGAUUAUUUCAUACCUUCAUUUCUACCAAAAGAUCCCAAUGAAAAACAGAAAGCCAUGGCAGCUUAUGCCAAAAUCAUGAUGUUUUUGGCUGUACACCAGAAGCCUUUACACAUCCAGCAAGGUCAAAGCAACCUUAAAUUGGAUAAAAGUAACUAUGGAGACCCAAAUUAUGGAUUGUUUCCUUUUAUUGCAAAAUUGAAGAACUCUUGCAAUGCCAACUUAGUGAUAGUUAAUAACAACAAGGAAUUAGUACUGAUUGCUCUUCGUCCAAUUGAAAAAGGGGAAGAACUGACUGUCCCAUUUAUAUGGCACGUGCAUGAUACUCAUAUAAAAUGGCGCAUGCGAAAUGUGGACUCAUUCCUGUAUUACGGCACAGUUUGCGGAUGCCAACGAUGCAAUAAUGGUACGGUUGAGACGGGAAAAGAAGAGCAACUAUCGAAAUUUCAAAAAAAAUAUUUCUCCAAACUGAAUAUGAAAGAUAUCCAAUCUAAACUGAAAAAUAUUGAAAUACCUAGUGUUUACGCAACAAUAUUGAAAGCACUAACAGUUCUAAAAGAUGUGCGAAAUUCAAGCGAGUACAUUGAACUGUACUCAUGUUUUCGGAAAUGCUUGUUUUUCUUUGAAGUCGCUUGGGGUGAUAAUAAUAUUCUUGGUUCUUCAUAGUUAAUUAACAAUAUUGUUUUAGAAAAGGUAGAUUAUUGAAUUUAAUAUCCUAUCUUAAAAUGCAAACAAUCUUGUUAUGUACCGUUAAAGUUUAUUUUCGAAUUGUUUACAAAGUAAUUAGUACAUAGAGUAACCGCUUUUUAUUUUGUUUGAUUUUAUUUAUUUUGUCGCACUGGGUUUUUUUUACACUAAAAAGUAAUGAAAAGAAAGUGAAUAUUAUAAGACAAGUUAGAAUAACUGGAGUCUAGAAUCUUUGUCAAGUAAUUACUUAUCUCUUUAUCAACACAGAAUUUAGAACAUACAGAAUCCGCGUACACGAGUAAUAUUGAAGCAUCAAGAACCACACCACUUUAGUAUGGUUUCUUGAACAAAUGGUUAGUCACUUCAUACCAUUUAGCACUAGACAGUAAUUAUUUUACCUCUAAUGUUCAAAACGUUAACCAUAAAAUAGGAAAAUGUUUGUGAGCUAGCAACAUUCCGCGGAUGUAAAGUGAGACAGGCGUGGGGCGAUUUCACUGUUUCUGGACACAAUAACGGCUGAAUGAGGAUUCUGUAUGUUUUUAAUUCAAUCUUUAUCAACCAUUCCUGAACAUAGCUUAAUAUUGAACAAAUUAAGCGAUCUAAACAUAUGUUUAUUAAUAUGAUUUUUACAACUGUUGAAAAAGAUGUAAAUUAACAUUAAUUAAGAUUAAUUUCGCGUAUUUUUUAACGUCUUGACGUUACGUCGCGCACGUUCGCGUCGUAAUUUUCUCUCGUAAUUAAUGUUUAAUGUUUGUCACUUGUCACUGCACUAGGGGCGCUGCGUUCCGUUCGGCCCGAGUCGGUCACCGUCGGCUGUCGUCGUCAUAUUGGCGCCAACAUCGGUUAAAAAUAAACUAUUGUAGGUACAUAUUACAAAUGGUUUCGAAAAAAAAAUCUUUAUAAAUAAUGCAAAAAAUUGCAUUAUUAGCUUUAAUAUAUUUACUGUGUUACUAGUUACUAAAAAUCAUUUUUGAACUCCUGUUCAAUUUGUUAUCUACAUGCCAAAGAUAUUUACAACUUUCCCAAUUAUAGACGAAAAUUUAAUUUCUUUAUUUUUUAAAUAUGUGAAAUAUCUCGUUAGAAUUGAAUAGUAUUUAAUUUGACUUAACACGCGUCGCGUGUUAUAAUUUGUUUAAGGCUUUUAAUCUUAUCUAUUAUCCAUAUAGUCAAAAGAACAUUAGCUUGUUAGAUUAAAAGUUAAUAUAGAAAAAAAUGUAUACAAGGAUGAGGGGUUUUUCACCAUCUUUUGAACUUAGUUUAGAAUUCCCAAUACAAUUUAUUAAUGUAUUGUAAGCGUAUUUUAAACAUUUUUAAUUAAAUUUGUUGUUCUUGGCUGGAAAUGGCGGAUUUAUUUGUAGUAUUUUUAUUUAAAAUCUUAAUCAAUUGUGAUACUAAUAACUAGCUGUUGUACUUAGAAUUAUUGUUGGUUUUAUUUCCUUGUAAAUAUAGUUCCUAAGUUCCAUAAGUCUAGUUUCCUAGUACUUCUUAUUAAAUUAUUAUUAUUAUUAUUUCUUAGAAUCAGAAGUUGUCUCGGUGGAUUUUGCACAUUCGUUUUAUGUUAAACAAUCAUAUUAAAUGUAACUGCCAAUUCAAAUAUUAUUGAUUUUUUUUUGUCAUAUUUUGUCUCUGAGUCCUCUGAACAUGGCAGUGGUGAAUUUUGAUCAUUAGAGAGGGUCAAAUUUUCUAAAGGAUUUCUAUUGAAUUUUCAAGAGAGAGAAAUGAUCGCAACAUUUACCUUGUCUACACUAAGAAAAAGAUUGCCCUGGAUGUUUCCAGGGAGAAUAUAGAGAAAUACAUUUGUAUGGAUAAUCGUUACUAUACUACCCUCGUAAUAUUAAUAUAGGUCUACUUUAUUGAAAUAAAAACAUACAGAAUCAUCAUUCAACCAUUUUCCCAAUUUGUGGUGAAUGCUUAGAAUAUUAGAAUUAAAAUAAUUAUUCAACUGUUAGUGUAUUUGAUACUUUAAUAAGAAAAUAAGCUGUG